AUGACGUCGCCUGCGAACCAGCAGAACCCGGCGACAAACACCACCGCGACCACGGCUUCGUCUUAUGCUUCCGCUGCGGGUGCGCCUCAGAAGCCUGCCCAGACUCGGACUCAGCCUACUGUAGCUGCGUCUGGAUCUCAGACCUCGGUCACCACCUCCUCGGCCUCGCCCGCGCAGAAUGCUAAGCAGGCCUCUUCGUCUCCCGUAAACGGCAAGCCUGCUGUUUCUCCCGCUAUCCCCGCCGUCGCUCGCGGAAGCGCUGUUCCCAACGGCGCCCACACUCGUCAAAGCUCCGUCACCAUGGCUGCCAACGGCCCCAACAGCUACGCUGCCAACGGUGGCCCAGCUGCUCCUGCCGUCAAGCCCGGUAUCCAGUUCGGCUUCGGUUCUCCCGUCCCUGGCCACAGCUCGCCUCAGACCGGCAGCGCGGCCCCCAUUCCCAUCCCCGGCGGUGGCAACCCUCGUAUCAGCUCUCCCGCCCACUCGCCUUCGCCGAUCCCCCAGCCUUCGGCUAGCGGUGGCCGUCCCCCUUCUAGCCUCCAGCAGCACGGCGGUCAGAUGACCUUUGGUAGUCUUGGCAGCGAUGGAGAUCGCCACAUGAGGCAAGGCUCCGUGCCCCCCAACCCGAACGCCAUGGGUGCCCAGCAGGGAACCCACUAUCGACGCGAGUCCAACAACUCGAUCCAGAGCGAGGGCCCCGGUAACCGUGCCAGCUUCGGCCCCCAGGGCGGUCGUGGACGCGGCGGCUUCCACUCCCACGGUAACAACUAUAACCAUCAUCAGAUGGGAUACCCUCCCAACAACCAGUUCCGCAACGGUCCCGGUCAGGGCCGUGGUAUGCCUCCCGCUUUCCAGCCUCAGGGUCCCCGUGGCUUCCCCAACUCGCCCCAGGCUCCCCACCGCAGCCCGGCCAUGGUUCCUUCGAUGCCGACCACCCCCAACAUGCCCGCUGCCACAAUGCAGGGCGCCAUGCCCAUGGCUGGAGCCCCCGCCUACCACUAUGGUCCCCCCAUGCCGGGACAGCCUCAACAAGUACAGUUCCUCCCACCAACUUUCAACUCGAAGAAAUUCCCCUUUAGAAACAACAAGAAGCCAAAGAUGAAGCCCAGGCCACUCCGAGAUGGAGACGGCGCAUCUCGCGACGGCAUCUAUGCUAGUAACGUGGCGCCGUCUGCUGGGCGCCAGAAUCGGCGUUCUGAGCCUGAUGACUUCUAUAGUGGCCCCAGCAUGCAGCAGCAGCAGCCCGCAACGACUUUGGCGACUCGUGGCGACUCGGGGAAGUCUCCAGCUCAGCAGCCACGGGUCCAUGACACCGCAACAACUACGGCCACAGCCUCAGCCUCGGCCAGUGCCGAAGGCCAAGCCACGCCGCCUUCUUUCACUUCACAUCUUGACAUGGCUCCAGGCAACUACGAGAAGCUUUUGCUGACUUUGAAGAACCAGGGCUAUGGCUACCCCCCUCCCCAGCCGCAGAUUGAGCAGUACGGUCGCCCCUUCCCCUACGGCAUGCCCUACAUGCAGCAGCCUCAGGCUGGCUCGCCCGGCUACAACCAGGGCUUCGUCCCUCAGUCUUACCACCAAUCCAGCCACAGCAUGUCGCGGACUCCCUCGCAGCCUGAACGCCCCGCCAGCGCCAACCAGCACGGUCCCCCGGUUGCCGUCGGCUCCACUAACAAACAGCCCGCCGGUGGUGCCACCGUCAAGCCUAGGAAGAACGCUGCCGUCCUCAUCAAGACUGAGACCGGUCAGGUCGUCGAUACCUCUUCUUUCAAGGUUGCCCCCGCCUCGCCUGCCCCCAGCAGUCAACACGCCAGGACCCCGCCCAUCUCGUCGGCCAACCCCACACCGCCCCCUAAGAGCUCUACCCCAGCUCACGGCCGCACCGACAGCCACGCCACUCAAAAGACUGCCAAGGAGAUUCAGGACGAGCUCAAGGAGAAGAUUAAGCAGGCCACCCAGGCCAAGGAGGCCGCCGCCGCACCCGCGCCGGCUGAGCCCAAGACUGCAGAGGCCAGGCCCAAGGAUGCUGAUGAGCCUGCCGCCGAGAAGCCCGCCGGGGCCAAGGAGGAGCCCAAGGAGGAGCCCAAGGAGGAGCCCAAGGAGGAGCCCAAGGAGGAGCCCAAGAAGGUUGCUGAUCCCUCCAAGGAUGAUGGCCCGCCUGACGAAGAUGAGAUGGAGCGUAUCAUCCGCGAGAUGGAGGAGGAGGAUGCCAGGCGUGAGGCUCAGGAGGCCGAGCACCGCGCCAAGGCCGAUGCCGAGAAGGCUGCCGCAAAGAAGAAGGCCGAGGAAGACCGCAAGCUCAACGCUGCCGAUGAGGACCGCAAGCUCCGCGAGAUGGAGCGCGAGAUGGAGCGCCUCGAAGAGGAGAAGGAGAAGAAGCGUGCCGCCGCCGCCGAGGCCUCUGCCAAGGGUGUGUCCACGACCGACGUCGACUCCAAGUCCGGCAACGUGGACGAUGUCGCCGACAAGCUCUCGGGCAUGAAAAUAGGUGACAAGCCAGCCGAUGCCAAGCCCGCCACGACGGCUGAGAAGCGCGGUGCCAAGCCCGCGGCCCUCAACCUCACGCCCCUCAACACCAAACCCAUCGAGCCGCCCCAGCCUAGCGCUGCUCUGCAGUCGCUCAAGUCGGCCCGCUUCCUCCAGGUCAUGGACCAGGACAUCUACCCUGCCGGCAUCAAGUCGCCCAACCCGGCGCUCAACGCCGCCGUCGCCAAGAAGGGCAAGACCUUCAAGUACGACUCCAAUUUCCUGCUGCAGUUCCGUGGCGUCUUCACCGAGCAGCCCUCGCUCGAGUUCCACCAGCAGGUCAAGUCGCUCAUCGGCGACGGUGACGGCGGCCGCUCUGGCUCCCGCGCCCAGACCCCCGGCUCUAGCAGGCAGGGCUCCCGCGGCGCCAGCGGCAGCGGCUUCACCAUGGGCGCCUUCAACGCCCCCGUCGGACGUACGCUGCCCCGCGGUACCACCUCGGCGCAGCGCUUCGAGGAGGCUUCCCGUGCUGGAACCAGUCCCCUGCCCGGCUUCCAGAGGCCCGGUGGCUUCCCCCUGCCCACUAUGUCGCGCACGCCCUCUAUGGGUCCAAACUCGCCUCGCCAGACCAGCCGACCCACGCGCGGUAGCCGCCGCGGCGACCACAACAACGGCGCCAAGGAGGCCCAGGCUGCCAAGACGAUGCCUCUCACCGCCGGCAUGGACGUCAAGCCCAUUGCCAUCACGGCCACGGGCUGGAAGCCUUCGAGUGUCGGCCGCGCCGCCGCCGCCGCCAGCACGUCCAAGGAUGGCCUCCUCGACCCUGAGAUGGUCCAGAGGAAAGUCAAGGCUGCACUCAACAAAAUGACGCCCGAGAACUUCGAGCGCAUCUCAGACCAGAUCCUCACCAUCGCCCACCAGUCCAAGGACGAGUCCGACGGUCGCACCCUGCGCCAGGUCAUCCAGCUCACAUUCGAGAAGGCCACCGACGAGGCCCACUGGGCUUCGAUGUACGCCAAGUUCUGCAAGAAGAUGUUGGAAACUAUGAGCCCAGAGAUCCAGGACGAGCGCAUCAAGGACAAGAACGGCAACACGGUCAGCGGUGGCAACCUUUUCCGCAAGUACCUCCUCAACCGCUGCCAGGAGGAAUUUGAGCGCGGUUGGAGCAUCAACCUACCCGAGACGGAGGAGGCUGACAAGAAGCUCGGCGAGGCCGCAAUGCUCUCGGACGAGUACUACAUUGCCGCCGCCGCCAAGCGUCGUGGUCUCGGUCUUGUGCAGUUCAUUGGUGAGCUGUACAAGCUCGGCAUGCUGACGGAACGCAUCAUGAUUGAAUGUGUCCACAAGCUUGUCGACUACAAGGGUGUCCCUGACGAGGCCGAGAUCGAGUCCCUGUCCAAGCUGCUGCGCACCAUCGGCCAGAACCUCGACAUGUCGGAGAAGGGUCGCCCUAUGAUGGAUGUCUACUUCUCCCGUAUCCAACAGAUGAUGGAACUGCCCGAGCUGCCCAGCCGUCUCAAAUUCAUGCUCAUGGAUGUUGUCGACCUUCGCAGGGUCAACUGGAAGUCGAAGGAGACCAACAAGGGCCCCAAGACCCUUGAGGAGGUUCGCGCCGAGGCCGAGGCUGCUGCCGCUGCCAAGGCUCAGGAGAAUGCUAAGAGCAACCAGCGUGGCGGAGGUGGUCGCCCCCCCGGCGGCCGCGGUGACGCUCGCAACUUCUCAGCUGGCUACAACCACCAACCCAGCAAUCAGGUCGGUAUGGAUGACCUGCGCCGCCUCAAGGGUUCUGCCAGCCGUUCGUCGAGCGGUAACGUGACACUCGGCCCCACCUCCAUGUUCUCAUCUCGCAGCAACAGCGGACGUCGGCUUGGACCUGGAGGGUCUCUUGGCCGUUCCGGCGAUGACUCUGGUCCUUCGUCGAGGAGCGGUACCCCUAUGAACCGGGAGAAUUCGUCCCACUCCAACGCCUUUAGCCUGCUUGCCAACAUGGAGACAGAGAACCCUGCCUCGCCCCCGACAACUUCUGCCACACCUGCCGCCAAGGGCGCCGACAAGAAGGAUGGUGAAUAG